AUCGACUUAUUAGCGGGUGUAGUACGUAACGAGGGCUCAUCGUUUGUCCCAUGGGUUGUCAAACAUCCGCUUAAUAUAACUGUCGAAGACUUUACUAAUGGUGUUCAAGAAUUAGAUCUCAUUUUCCAUGGGGUAGACGUCAAAAAGGUGACCGACUUUUACCUGCAAAACGUCAACACCAGUAGUCCGGUGGCGAUGCACUGGGCUGUGGGCGACCUUGUCGGGGAUUUAGUCCUCAAGUGUCCGACAUAUCUGUUCGCCAAACAGUUUGCCAUAACUGUGAAGGAGUGGCAAAGGGUUUACUUUUAUGAACUCCUUUAUGGAAGUAAAAGAUUUUCUCAAAUCAUUAGUUGCGAUCAGAAAACUGAAGGAAUCUGUCAUUCGGAGGACAUACCGUUUGUAUUUGGUUUACCCUAUAUUCACGAGAAGGACUACGAACCCGAGGAUAUGUUUUUCAGUCGAGAAGUCAUGAAAAUGUGGACUAAGUUUGCGAAAGACGGACAUCAAGACCAGGAAUGGCCGCAAUUACUGAAUAACGAUGGCGUGGAUGGCGUUCCCCUUGUGAAAGGUCUGGACCCGACAAAUAUGAUACUCGUAUUGAGUGAUCCCUUUCACCGCAUAUGUGAUGGCAUUUGGAGCACAUAUUUCUUG